AUGAAAGCUGAUUAUGAAGAGCACAAUGCUAUUCUGAUCGCUUGUUGCAUGAUGAAGAUCAAGGCCAAGUUUGAUACUGAAGAAGGUCUGAACUUCAUCCAACAGUAUUACAUCAAUCAAGGACUGAAGAAGUUUGGUGAUGAUGGAAAGGAUGCUGUGGAUAAGGAAUUGAGACAAAUGCUUCUGAGAGAUUGUUUCACUCCCAAAUUUGUUAGAGACAUGACCGCGUCUGAGCAAAAGAAGACCCGAUCAGCGAUGAUGUUACUAGCGGAGAAGCAAUUUGAAAAGACAAUUAUAGGUUGCCUCGUAUACCAAGGCGUUGGAACUCGUGAAUGGUUAUUGUGA